GAUUAUGUAACCACUAGCGAGCACAUGCUGCGUAAUACUUUAUCGUCGUUCCUAUUUUCGUCCAGUCGCGAAAGAAAAUAAUUAUAUGCGUUGUAUUCGCGCAAGAACACACGCGCGCUAAAUCGCGAGUGCUGGGUAUUUGUGACGUUUGUUGUAAGUAAAGUACAGCUUGGAGUCCUCAAGCAAGCAGCAUCGACUGGUCCAAUGACUGCAGCCAUCUGUUCGCCAGCACGAAAGCCUCGCGCACGCGUGAAAGAACACUCCUAGAAGCGUCGCGUCGCCGCGCUUUUCAACUACAUGUCCUUAGGCUGACGUGAGUACUUCUGAUGUGAUUUUUAAUUGUUGUCACAGUCCUCGUAUGUCAAUGUUUUUGGCGAAAAUAUAUUACCGAAUUUUUCCCUACGACAUCAAUUAUUUUCAAAAGAAGGGAGGGUAUUACAUGUGAUGACCAAACGUCUUAUACCAAGUCCCCUCAACGGAAAUCGCGCAGAUGUGAUCACGGAAUUGAUCAGUGAAAUGCAAUCACGGAUCAUCGUCAACCUGCGCAUCGAACGGAGGAAACCGUUCACCACGAGAUGUGCUUAUCUCUGGACGAAGAUAUUCCAGCAGAAGAAGAAGCCAUCGGCAUCGGAGGUCCUAACGAGCUACCUAUUGCAAACCGGCGAGCCCCCCUGGACCUCGUACUUCGUCCGAUAUGCCGACGUGGUGAACGAUCAGCGGGGAAUGUCACACUUCAAUUGGCCGGCAGGCAACAGCAAUUACCACGUACUUAGGACCGGCUGCUUCCCGUACAUCAAGUAUCACUGCAGCAAACGGCCGGCGCAGGAUCUCAGCGGCGAGGACAGAUUCUUCAAGGCGAUCAAGAUAUUGAACCUUGGUAUCCCCACCCUGAUGUACGGACUGGCCGCGACGCAGCUUAUCCGACACCGCGAGAUCGUGAAGACGCCUCAGGGUGACGUAACAAUCUACUUCUUGCUACCGGAGGACAAAGGCUCGCCACACUGAGGCCUGCACCCUACAACGCUAAUCUGUGUCGAGUCUCGCGUCUGACCUUCCUCGGAGAUGACGUUAACGGCAACGAAAUACAGAACCAUACCGGAUAAUCGUUGUUCUUUUUCUCAACGCCCCCCUCCUCGUUACUCGUUAUUCCAGCAAGUUCUCAAGUGCAAAGCUAAAAGGGAAACGAGCGGCGCAAGAAUCUCCGCAGCUGUGAACAUUCUGUUUAUGCACGACAGAUCCGCGACCAUUAAUUUUGUUAAUUGAGAAAAUGAAGAAAUUGGAAAUGGCGAUUCGGAAUAGUAUCGCCUUUCCGUGCGAAAGGAUAUAGCAGAGAUUUAUCUAAUAGUCCAAUACGACACAAAAAGUUAGGGAGUAAGAUGUUAAUUACUAAACCUUGAAACAGCUAAACCUUGACAUUUCCUUCUCUUUGCUUUCAUGGCAGUCGCUUUAUGGACAACGGAAUGUGGAAGAUUUUAAAACGCUAUAUCGCGAACCUCGGCUAAAUGCAAUCUUAAUUAGAAGUUUAGUUAUCUUCGACUCUAUAGAUAUUGCAUGCUAGUCCUCAGUCCAUCAGUCAAUUAAAAAAAAAAAUCGCGAAGGCUUUCAUCAGUGAUGAUCACGCGUAUACGUCGUAUAUAUGAAUCCGCAGGCAAUCGCGAUAGUCUCGUGUCAGGCUUUGGGGGAUCUAAACGCAAGAAGCUCUUUAAGAAAGUUCGACGACGCGCCGAUAACGCGAGGCCUCGUUAAUGAGGACGGCCGCCGGCGAUCCGCGCGCGCGGAACAAGGUGCGAACACGCAUAAUUAAAGCGGUUUUCUAAUCAACUACUACCCGUGUUUCCUCCGCGGUCCGAUGAUGCAUUAACGUCGACUCGGCCAAGCAGUUCUCCGCCCUGAACUGCUACCGCGGAAAACGCGUACGUAACGUCGCCGACGAUAGCUCUCUCUCGUUGCCGACCAUUGGCGUUUAAACUCAGGGUUUACGAGCGCACGUGCCUAACGCGCAUACAUGAUAAUUCGUAUUUGUUACGAUCGAUGCGAUGCAUUACGAUGCGCAGGUACGAAUCCUAACUCGAAUUGAUAGAUACCAAAGAGCACAUCGCUUUAACAUAGAUCACUUCCGAUGAUGCACUCUGACAUACAGAUGCGAUAAGUCGCAGACUGUCCACAAGCUUUGGCAACGUGCGACAAUGUUCAAAAUUGGU